UGGUGAGGACUGCAGUGAUUUUUCUCCUUGCAUUAUCCCUGUUUGUUGAGGUUUCCUCGUUUGAAUGCGAUGAGAAAGCGAACAUCUGCGAAACCUCUUUGGUGAUUACCGAAGAACUGACCAUGUUUCAUGAGAAGGAAAAGGCCGUAUACUCUAGUAAUGGUUCUCUUUAUAAAUAUACCACAGACCCUAUCCUUCCUGUGCCUGUUAACGUGAGUGAAGUUAUCACAGCAGAUGGAUAUGAAAAGCAGAUGGCAGUUGUUGUAGCAAAUGGCACUUUACCAGGCCCGUCAAUCAUAGCUUAUGAAGAUCAGAUUCUUGUUGUCCACGUAAAAAAUAACCUUAUGUCUGAAACAGUAUUCAUCCAUUGGCAUGGAAUAGAACAGAGAGGUACUCCUAGCAUGGAUGGAGCUGGUUUUGCGUCGCAGUGUCCUAUUGAUCCUGGUCAAUCCUUUACAUAUACUUUCAAUGUCGGUCAAGGCGGUACUUACUGGUACAGGUCUCAGUCAGGUGUACAAAGGGGAAGAGGGUUGUACGGGGCAUUGGUAGUUCGAGAACGCAAUCCUCCUUCACAUUUGCAGAAUGUUUCGGAGGAAUUCAUUAUACAGUUGCAGGAUUGGAAUCAUGACUAUGAUGCAAAUAGAGAGUUCCUCUCUUCUGAGGUAGGGGAACUCAAAAUAAGUAAAAUUAUAACUUUUGACUCUAUCUGGAAUGCUCAUUCUUCUCUGAUCAAUGGCAAGGGAAGAUACCAUAACCCUGAUACAGGAAAUCAUAAUGAAGCACCAUUACAGGUAUUCGAAGUAGAUGAAGGCGAACUCUACAGAUUUCGAGUUAUAAAUGCAGCUUCUAUGUACUCUUAUAGAGUUUCUGUGGACAACCACUCCUUGACUAUGGUGUCUUCUGAUGCUCAUUUAAUCACACCGGUUGUUGUAGAAUCUGUAAUAGUUCACCCAGGAGAAAGAUUUGACUUUAUCCUGAAUGCCAAAGCCGAUAUUGGAAAUUAUAUGAUCCGCGGAGUUGCACAAAAUGUCAUUAACUCGAUACCUGCCGAAGCGGUGUUGCACUAUGCCGGCGCAGAUGAAAUGUUUGUCUCUGUAUCUUCUAUGAGGAAUCCAUGUACAUCGACAGAAAAAUGUGCUGUUUUAAAUUGCCAAGUCGUGUCUUUUCCCAUGGAGCCAGAACUUCAAUGUAUAACUGUAGAUUCUACGACAGCAUACAUAGGCAAUGUAACUUCUCCGGAAGGUUCUAUACACGAAUACUUCUUGAAUUUUGCCGUUGCUGGUCCUAUGAAAUACUUAUUACCCCCUAACUCUGCAAAAUCCCAUUACAACAAUAUCAAAAGUUUGUGUUCUAAAGCAGAAUGUAAGAACAACAAUAAAUGCACAUGCAUCAAUAUAAUUGAUAUAAACUAUAACGACACGAUUCUUUUUGUGUUCUUGAACAUGGGAAAGCAAAAGCGAUGGGAUGUUCAAAUUCAUAUGCAUGGUCAUUCCUUCGAGGUUUUAAAGGUAGGAUAUGCAAAUUAUAAUGAAACUACCGGGGAGUACAUUUCUGAGAAUUCCGACAUCAACUGUGGAGGAAACACUACUGAAGAUGAAAACUGUAAUGGUGCUGCAUGGAGCAAUCCAGACUGGUUAAACGGAAAUGAUACCGGUUUGAAUCUCGUCAAUCCUCCUCAGAAAGACACAGUUACACUCCCGUAUGGUGGUUACGUCAUAGCACGUAUCAAGGCUGAUAACCCAGGAAUGUGGGCAAUCGCUUACCAAAUGCUACCACUCGUAGCAGACGGAAUUGCUGUUCUUCUGAAUGAAUCCUUCGAAAACCAACCAAAGAUUCCAGACAACUUUCCAACAUGUGGAGACUUUGGAGGCAUUGAGCCAGAUCUGCUAAUUAGUACUCCAGCACCAACCACAACCACACCCAUCCCAACAACUACAGAACCUGCCAGAUGUGUAACACCCGGAGACUGUCGACGACAUACAAACUUGUGUUUUACUGAAUGGCAGUGUAUAAACAGAUUAUGCCAUUGUAAAGAAAUACAUACCACUCCGUUUCAUUCAUCUUAAUCUGUUUUCCAGAAAGCUUU